AUGAAAGCUCCGCCAGAGAUCCUUGCCGAGCGUUUCACGAAACGAUCAUCUCGGGAGCAUAUCCGCAUACGAGAGAUGCCGACAUUCAUUCCAGACUCUAGUACUCCCACAGUAACAAUGGCUGGUGUUCAGACAGCGAAGAAAGAGCUUCGCAGAAAGAUGCGCGAGGCGCUUCGGAGCAUACCUAAGGACUCCAUCGUCAGUCAAUCUGGAGUCGCUACGAAUAAGCUGCUAUCGCUCCCCGAAUACCGAAAUGCCAAACGGAUAGGCAUAUAUCUCUCUAUGCCUUCUGGGGAAUUAUCCACAACUGGCAUAGUCCAGAGUGCUCUCAAAGAAGGCAAAGAUGUCUACAUUCCUUACAUCCACAGCGCGGUGUCCUCGUUGGCGCAGCAGAAAAAUUCCAUAAUGGACAUGCUCGCGUUACGAUCUCUCGAAGAGUUUGAAUCGCUCGAGCCAGAUAACUGGGGGAUUCCGUCGCUCAAGCAAUCUCAGGUGUCCAGCAGGAAGAACUGCUUCGGAGGAUACGGAGUUUCGCCUCAGGAAGAUGGUAAAACCAUGAAUGAGAAUCAUGGCUUGGAUCUAGUUAUCAUGCCAGGAAUGGCUUUCGAUCGUGGAUUUAGACGAUUAGGCCAUGGCAAGGGAUACUAUGAUCAUUUUUUGACGAGGUACUCGAAAAAAGAAGUGAACAGCAAGACAAACACGCCAAAAUUGCCCUUCCUAGGUGAGAGACCCUCGUAUUCGAGAACAAACAAGGAAGAAACGUCCCUUAACAAAAUCCACCUAGUCGCCCUCUCUCUUAAGGAGCAACUGCUUCCUCCAGCAGAGGAAAUACCGGUUUUGGAGCACGAUUGGUUAGUAGAUGCCGUUAUUGUCGGUGACGGCCAGUUUCUCGUCCACGAAUGCCGAUAG